UGCGCCACAGCCUCCCGGGCCGACUCCGGCGUCCGCCUCGCUGCGCUCCGCCCGGCUCCGCUCCCAGGCAGAUCAGUCGUCAUGGCGAACUUCGGCUGCUGGCUGCUGGUUCUCUUUGUGGCCACAUGGAGUGAUGUUGGCCUGUGUAAGAAGCGGCCAAAGCCUGGAGGGUGGAACACUGGUGGAAGCCGAUACCCAGGACAGGGCAACCCUGGAGGCAAUCGUUACCCGCCCCAGGGUGGUGGUGGCUGGGGGCAGCCCCAUGGCGGUGGUGGCGGCUGGGGGCAGCCCCAUGGCGGUGGUGGCGGCUGGGGACAGCCCCAUGGCGGUGGUGGCGGCUGGGGGCAGCCUCAUGGCGGUGGUGGCGGCUGGGGACAGCCCCAUGGUGGUGGUGGAGGUGGCUGGGGUCAAGGAGGUGGCACCCACAAUCAGUGGAACAAGCCCAAUAAGCCCAAAACCAGCAUGAAGCAUAUGGCAGGGGCUGCUGCAGCUGGGGCAGUAGCGGGAGGCCUUGGUGGCUACAUGCUGGGGAGUGUCAUGAGCAGGCCCUCCAUUAGUUUUGGCAAUGACUAUGAGGAUCGUUACUACCGUGAAAACAUGAACCGGUACCCCAGCCAAGUGUACUACAAGCCUGUGGAUCAGUACAACAACCAGAACAACUUCGUGCACGACUGCGUCAAUAUCACGGUCAAGCAGCACACGGUCACCACCACUACCAAGGGGGAGAACUUUACUGAGACCGAUGUUAAGAUAAUGGAGCGCGUGGUGGAGCAGAUGUGCAUCACGCAGUACCAGAAGGAGUCCCAGGCCUAUUUGGAGGGGAGAAGAUCCAGUGCGGUGCUCUUCUCCUCACCUCCUGUUAUCCUGCUCAUCUCCUUCCUCAUUUUCCUGAUAGUGGGAUGAGGAAGGCUUUCUUCUUGUUUGCACCUUCCUGUCCAUGUGGUCCAGGUUGGAGGGUUAUCCACCUGUAGCCCUUUUAAUUAAGGUGGUAUCCCACUCUUGCUUCUCUUUAUCCCCUAUAGGCUAAUACCCUUGACACUAGUGAGCACUGGCAAACUGUCCUAGAUGCUAUUCAUUGCAGACUCCAUGGAUUAUGUCCUGCAGUGACAGUGCUAAUCGCUGGACCAGUGAGAUAUGACAGCAAAUAAUCACUGGUUACUGCAGGUGUAGUUUGGCCUAGUGGGACAGGAUGGGGCUACAGCAAAUCUCAUACCAGUCUUCAGAUACCCUUGCCUGAAUCCCUGACUCAAGCAGCCAGAGUUGAGGACACAAAUGCCCUAGCCUAGCAGAUUUCAUAGCAAUUUGGAGUUUUCUAAGCCUCUAUAGAAAAUUGACAAAUUUGGAAAAUGGCUAUAUGAUGCUCAUCCACAAAAAAGAAAACACUAGAGAGCCUCAGCUCUUGAGCCACAGGUCCAGCCUGGGAGCUCAGCCUGCUGGAAUAUGUGUGGCAUUUGCAGAGAGCUGGGGCCUUUUGUGGUACAAGCUGCACAGCAGUUGCUCAUCAAGAGUAUAAAUAUUGAUGCGACCCCUGACCACCCAGAAGACAUACUUACAAGAGAUACACAUAGGUCCAGUGUGUCCAGUGUCCUUGGAGAAAAUCUCCCAUUUGGUAUAUUUCAAACAUCCACUUGUGGUAUUUUUUUUUUCUUUAGUAACAAACUAUAUAAGUAAUUAAGGCUGAAAAAACAUCCAAGCACUGAAGUCAGAUUAACUUUGGUCAUUUCCUGGAAUCUAGAAUGAUUUUUAACCUUAUUUAGAUGAAACCAGGAGAUUCUAGCUCUAGGGAAAGCUGGAGCUAUAAAAGCAGGAACCUUUAACAAAUUACAAGCUGAAAGUGGCUAGGGUACAAAGUACAGAGUGCUUGUAUUUCUUUAUUUCUGUCUCCUAAAUGUCAAAACUCAGAUUGAGUCACACUCUUGGUUUCUGUACUUGAGUUUGAAUCAGAUAACAAGGAGACAAUAUAAAAAUUACCUUAGGUUACAGAUAAAGCUCCUACUCCAAAUUAGGAAACGAAAUUCUUUUGGUGUUUCUUAAGUAAGGUAAAAUGACUGUGUCGUUCAAUAUUGUCACCUAGCAGGCGUAUGCUUCUACUCUGCAAUGUUAUUGGAUUGCACUGUGUGUUACAAACUUAGAAGUUUUGCUUAGAGCAUCUGAAGUGUUUUAUGCACUAAACGUUUUGUAAGGUACUAAAUACUUCCUAUGUGGGAACCUUCUGUGCAGCCUUUACGCUUAUGAUGUGCACUGAAUAGUUUUGUAUAAGAAUCUAAAGUGAACACCUUAACUGGUCUUUAAAAUAUGCAUGUCCUUUCUGUUUUCUACAUUUGUAACUUUGCAUGUACUUGUUUUGGCAUAUAAAAGUUUACAAAUGUCUGCUGUGUGGCUGGAAUUAAACACGAGCUGUAAGCACUGCCA